AUGGCUUCAGGCCUUCCGAAAACGACACGGCCAUCGAACGCCCCGCCAGCGACAGCGCUCCCAGCUCUUCCGAUGGCGAAGACACGAAAGAGUGUGGGAUCCCUUCCUACGCCAACAGUCGACAAGUCCACCCCAAGCACACCCCGGAGUGGUCUCCGGGCACCAUCUGUUUCUGGCGUUUCCAACGCUGCGCCACAAAGUGUGACCCCCGGCCUUCUUCAGCCCCGCGCUGUCUCCGGUAUCAACGGCGCCGGCAAGACUCUCAGAAAGAGCGUCAGCAUUAACUCCUUCCCGCAACCACCAAGAUCCGACAACCGGGGGACAAGUUUACCCCCAAGUCCGUUGUCGAAUGGGGCCCCCUCUAGUCGGAAGCUGAAGACGCCAACGACUCCCAACUACACAUUUGGCAGCUCUACGCCAAGUUUAUUGAACGGCACGGGCGAGGGUAAGUCCGUGGCUCGGCCCGGCCAGCGUAGCUCAGAUGGACUCAUCAGCGUUGCAUCUCCGGCACAAAGCCGUAGUUCUUCCGCUCAGGACUCCUACUCUACCUCGGCGACACAAUAUGACGACGUCGGCGACCUUGGGCCAAAGUCUGGGUUGGGUAUCUCGACUGAGGGUGGAUCUGCUAAGCGCAUGUCCAAGACGGAUGGCAAGGGCAAUGUCAUAGUCAGUGUUCGUGUCCGCCCAGAUGCGGGCGGCCAAGAGCACAAAACUGAUGGAGAGUGGAUGGUCGAUGGUCGCAAAUCUCUGGUCGCAUACCGGGGAAAGGAGGGUGGCGAUUAUUUUUAUGACAAUGUGUUCUCAACACACGACAACAACUCUAAGGUUUACGAUCACAUUGCCAAGCGACUUGUUCGACGGGUCAUGGAGGGUUACCACGGCACAGUAUUCGCAUAUGGCAUGACAGGCACGGGCAAGACCUUCUCUAUGCAAGGUACAGCGUCUUCUCCGGGUGUUAUUCCUCUCGCCAUCACCGACAUCUUCUCUUACAUUCGGGAAACACCUUCCCGUGAAUUCUUGCUGCGUGUCAGCUACCUCGAAAUCUACAACGAGCGCAUCCACGACUUGUUGAGCAUGCCGACAAAUGGUGGCGUCGGAGGAAACGUGCCGCAAGAAGAGAUCAAAUUGCGUGAAGAUAGCAAGCGUGGCGUUUAUGCCAGUCCUCUGAAAGAGGAGAUUGUCCAAAGCCCUACCCAGCUGCUUCGCGUGAUUGCCCGUGGUGACCAGGCCCGUCGCACAGCCAGCACGCAAUUCAACUCGCGGAGUUCUCGCAGUCACGCGGUUGUGCAGAUCGUUGUCGAGAGCAGAGAGCGCAUUCCUGGAAAUGCGACCGGCGGCGACAACAAGCGUGGCGGUCUCCUUCCGGGCGGUGUGCGCGUGUCUACCCUGAGCUUGAUCGAUUUGGCAGGUUCCGAGAAGGCGGCCGAGACGAAGGAGCGCCGUACGGAGGGUUCCCACAUCAACAAAAGUUUGCUUACGCUGGGAACGGUUAUCGCCAAGCUGUCAGACAGCAAGGACAAGGACCCAAAGCAAGCAGACAAGGACGGCAAGCAUUUGCCAUACCGAGACAGCAAGCUCACACGCUUGUUACAAGGCGCUCUGUCUGGCGGCUCGCUCGUCAGUAUUCUGUGCACGAUUCAAAUCGGAUCCGUCGGCAGCGUCGCAACAGCCAACAGCCACACAACCGAGACGAUCAACACGCUGAAAUUCGCAUCACGCGCCAAGAACAACAUUGUCAGUCACGCCAAACGCGCCGAGGAGGCCCUGGGCGCCGGCGGCGAUGGCGGUGCACGUGUGCUGCUUGAGCGGUAUCGUAUGGAGAUUCUUGAACUACGCGGAGCGCUCGAGACGCAGGCCAAGAAGAAGUCAGAGGAAAACGAAGAGGAGGAUCGUGUCCGCGAUGCGGAAGAGGAACUAGCACGGGAGCGCGAGGCAGAGCACCGUCACGAAGAGCAGAUGCUGGAGAUGCAGCUUGCACGCACAGCACUGAAGGAGCGGAUUGACCAUCUGAACCGACUGAUUCUUAGCUCCAAGUCGAUCGGUGUUAACACGGGCGGCUCCUACAGCUCACUGGGAAUGCAUCCGCGGUCAUCCAUGGCGUCUGUCCGCUCUGUGGCAACCACGAACGGCGGUACGUCCAUCAGCGGCAGCCGGUCUCUGUUGGAGAGAACAGCCUCGACAGCAUCCUCGUCUUCCACCGUCGGUCGCGGUGCUGGUCGGCAAAGGCUCUCGGGCAGCGGUACAGCUGAAGGCUCGCCGGCCGAGGACGACGACAGCGCGGGCGAGUUUGGUGAUGGCAUUGCAUCUAUGCAAUCUCAGAACGUGGCAUUGCAGGCCGACUUGGCGGACAAGAACCGGUACAUUGCCACGCUCGAGAAGCGCUUGCUGCAAGCGCGACGAGCGAGUUCGUCAAGAACAUCGGUCGGCCUGGGAUCAACCAAGGGUAUUAUGGUUGGCGAAGACCAUAGUGUGUCUGCGGUGAUUCGUGACAAGGAUGCCGAGAUUGCCGAGCUUCGCGCGAAAUUGGAGGACAAGGACCGCAUGCUUGCGGCACUUCGGACCGCGGCACGAUCGCGCGACAAUGCUGACCGUGUCGACUCUCGAUCUAGCUUCCGGACCUCGCAAAUGCUGGAACCCCCGAGCAGCCCACCCGCCAUGGCCCUCCCGCCAACACCCGCCAUGUCCACUGGUGUCAAGUCCCCCGUCCUGGGCAGCGGGAAGCGGCACAGCAGCUCUGGCUUCCCUCGUGCGCGCACAAAGAGCGUGGACGAGAUGAGCCGAAUGCUCGAUGAGAUGAUCCAGGAUCGCGUCGAGAGCGGCCAGCUUGUCCGUGGCACACGUGGCAGCGUCCGCGUCGCGCCCAACGAACACAAGCCGGAUGCUGUUCUGGCUGAGCCUACCGUCGACCUCGAGCCGUUACGGCGGAGCCCGUCUCUGAUCAACGAGCCGGCACCAGUGGCGAUGGAGGCAUGA